AUGGAGGACAGAAAAUCUUCACUGACGAUUCAGUUUGUGGAAGGACAGUUUGUUGAUUCAUAUGAUCCAACCAUAGAAAAUACUUUUACAAAACUGAUCACAGUAAAUGGCCAAGAAUAUCAUCUUCAGCUGGUUGACACUGCUGGCCAAGAUGAAUACUCCAUAUUUCCUCAGACUUACUCCAUAGACAUCAAUGGAUACAUUCUUGUUUAUUCAGUCACAUCAAUAAAAAGUUUUGAAGUGAUAAAAGUUAUCCAUGGCAAGUUAUUGGAUAUGGUGGGAAAAGUCCAAAUACCCAUUAUGCUGGUUGGAAAUAAAAAAGACCUGCAUAUGGAACGGGUGAUCAGCUAUGAAGAAGGGAAAGCUUUAGCAGAAUCCUGGAAUGCAGCUUUCUUGGAGUCUUCUGCUAAAGAAAAUCAGACUGCCGUGGAUGUUUUUAAGAGGAUAAUUUUGGAGGCAGAAAAAAUCGAUGGGGCAGCUUCACAAGGGAAGUCUUCAUGCUCAGUAAUGUAAUUCCACUGCAAAACACGAAAACACUGGGAAUACAUUCUACCUGAAGAAGCAAAACUGCCCAUUAUCUCUAAGGAUAAACUAUGCUUUUUUUUCCUUUUUUUUCCUUUUUUUUUUUUUUUUUUUUUUCUUUCGAUUAACCUGAAAGAUACAAUUGGUUUGGAGCCUUUCCCUUCAGAUUAUGUUAAACUCUGACUCCUGUGCAAAUGGCUUCACUUCCAUUUUCAAAUUUUAAGCAAUCAUAUUUUCAAUUUAUAUAUUGUAUUUCUUAAUAUUAUGACCAAGAAUUUUACUGGCAUUAAUUUUUUUUUUCAGUGUAGUUUGUUGGUUAGAAUAAUCAUCAAAAUGAUGCAUAUUGUUACACUACUAUUAACUAGGCUUGGAUAUCAGUGUUUCUUUGUGUUAAAUGUAUACUUGUAAAUAAAAUAGCUGCAAACCUUAAGUUCUGUUCAUAAAUUUUUUGUUAAUUGUCCAUGUUAACUUGUUUUUGUGGAAAGAAAACAUGUUCACCUACUCACCUUAAGAGGAGGAGUAAGAUCCUUGAAGCCAAUGAAUUCCUUGACUACUGCUAGAGAGUUGUUUGCUAGUGAACCAAACUAUUUUUGCUACUAGAACUCCAGGCUGGCUGAGCAGCUCGACUGGUCUUUGUGACAGUGGAUGCAAAGGAGACGCAAUUAACACAUGGGUCUAAUUUGGAGAGAGAGGCUUGGGUUGCAAGGCGACCGACCUGCGCUGUCUUUGCCUUCGUGUGACCGCGAGAGUCGUGAGCUGAAGGAUACAAAAUCGUGUCACAAGUAAGUGGCUCACGGCCCCCUGUGCUACACAAGGGUCGUGUGGACUUGUAACCAGGAAACUCCUUCAAGAUUGAGUGGAUUUAGCCAGCUCGCAAGCUUAGACCUGCUUAAAAGAAACAAAAAGAUGUCAUUUAAAAUAAAUUGCG